CAUCAUCAUUCAUUGCUUUCGCUCAUCCGAAAAUCAAAUAUUAAAUCAGAAAGAGACAUUAAAUAGGGAAAAAAAGAGACAAAAAUUAAGGAAAAAAGCCACGCCAUCUUCCGAAUCCUGCAAUCAUAUCCCUCAGCAUUGCCCUGAAUCUCUCUUCUGCUCGCUUGACUCCGAUAAAUCCAGCACAAACAAUUCAGGGUCGAUGCUUCAUCCUCACCCGAUUUGUUCUUGAUGAUAUCAGUACGAGCUCCUUAGAAUUCUCAGAUUUCUUUCCGCCCCAUCUUUUAACUACAACCAGCUUCUGUGUUUUUUUGCUUUUUCUUUUUUGGGUUGAAAAUAUCAGGGUUCUCUUUUUGAAUUCUUCCCACGUCCAAUCGUUCUUAUUCGUCAAUGAAGAUGAUGAAAUUGCAUUGAGUUUGCUCAGUCUCGACGGUUUUCGAGUGGAUCAUCCAUAUUUCUGACGACCCUUUUCAAGAAGAAGCUGACUGAAUGGGAAUAUACAGAUUAUAGCAAUUAUUAUUUCGUAUGUUGGAUUGUCCGCAUGGAGGCCGACAUGUCUACUCGGCAAGACAAUUCCGGUUCCAAUGACGACUCAGGGACGGGGUCUUGCCUCUUUGAUCUCUUGCGUUCAGAAAACCCUGGUUGGGGAUGCACAAGUGACAAAAAGACAUCUCAUUGCGGAGCACGGCAAAGGCUUGAGAAACUAAUGUCACAGCCUGGUAAUGAGUUCUGUGCAGAUUGUGGCUCCCCAGAUCCAAAAUGGGUAUCUUUGACUCUAGGAGCAUUUAUAUGUAUAAAGUGCUCUGGUGUUCACAGAGGCCUUGGAGUGCACAUUUCAAAGGUUCUAUCAGCAAACCUAGAUGAGUGGACAGAUGAGCAAGUUGAAGCACUAGUAGAGAGGGGUGGAAACACUGCAGUAAACCUGAAGUAUGAAGCUUGCAUUCCGGAUAACCUCAGAAAACCAAAAGCAGAUUCCUCUAUAGAGGAGCGAUCUGAUUUUAUUAGGAGGAAAUAUGAGCUGCUACAAUUUUUGAACUCUCACGAACAGAUGUCCUGCCCCUUCCCAGCAUCUAAUUCUAGAAACCCGUCAUCCUCCCAAAGCAGCUCUUCUAGCAGUAGCGCUAAUCAAGAGAAGAGACAGUUUGAAAAACAACCAACGAAGCAUCGGAUUGGGCAGGCAUUUCGUAACAGCUGGGGAAGAAGGGAGACUGACCAUAAGGCCUACAAGAAGAAAUGCUCAUUGGCAGGAAUGGUUGAAUUUGUUGGUCUAAUAAAGGUUAACGUGGUAAGAGGCACCAACCUUGCUAUUCGGGAUGUGAUGACCAGUGACCCUUAUGUGAUCCUUGCUUUGGGGCAUCAGUCGGUGAAAACGCGUGUUAUAAAGAACAACCUGAAUCCAGUGUGGAAUGAGAAGCUGAUGUUGUCUAUUCCGGAAAGCAUCCCUCCUUUAAAAGUGCUCGUGUAUGACAAGGACACGUUCACGACGGACGAUUUUAUGGGAGAGGCCGAGAUAGACAUUCAGCCCCUACUGUCUGCCGCCAAAGCAUAUGAAACUUCCACCAUUGACGAGUCGAUGCAGCUUGGGAAAUGGGUCGCAAGCAGAGACAAUACCCUAGUGAAAGACGGUGUCAUCAGCUUAGUCGAUGGUAAAGUAAAACAGGAAAUAACUUUGAGAUUGCAGAAAGUUGAGCGGGGAGAGCUUGAUAUUGAGCUUGAAUGUGUUCCUCUCACUCAGUAGCUUGAAAUUAGUCUGAAAGGAUUAUAGUGAUACGCAUGUAACAGAGUCUCACAUUGUUUGGUACAUAUAUACUGCUAGGUUUUUUUGGUUCAUUGCUGAAAAAUUUUGUUUGAA